CAGAAUCUAUAAAAGUAAAAUUAGAUAUAAAAAAAUAAUAAAUUCCUCUUUUUUUCAUGUCUUCGGCUUGCUUUAUCAAACACCAGCUUUAGCUUUCACAUUCUCUCUCUCUCUCGUCCUAUCUUCUUCUGGGAUUUGAUCAGAUUGAAAGUCGAGAGCCAUGAACACAGCUCAGUGGCCGCAGGAGAUUGUUGUGAAGCCCAUAGAUGAGAUCGUCACGAACAGGUGCCUGAAGCCAACUGCGCCGCCGGCCAUGACGGCGGUCGGGGCGGCGGCGGAGAGAAAGACAAGGCCACAAAAGGACCAAGCUUUGAACUGUCCGAGGUGUAACUCAACGAACACCAAGUUCUGUUACUACAACAACUACAGCCUGACUCAGCCAAGAUACUUCUGCAAAACCUGUAGAAGGUACUGGACUGAAGGUGGAUCUCUUAGAAAUAUCCCAGUAGGCGGCGGAUCAAGGAAGAACAAGAGAUCUUCCUCCUCUUCAAACCCCCCAUCCUCUUCUCCGAAGAAACAUCUUUUCGUUAGUAGAGCACCGCCACAACAGCCGCCAUCUUGUCAAAACCCUAAGAUCACAGAUACCCACGAAGCUAAAGGCCUAAACUCGGCCUUUUCUCAGGCGAUCGGGAAUGCCCAUGAAGCUAAAGAGACGAACUUGGCAUUUUCUCAAGGUUUUGGGAAUGCCCAUAACAGUGUUUCUGAGUUUCUGCAGAUGCCCAACAUCAUAAAGAACCCACUGGUCUCACCAUCAUCAUCUUCUGCUUUUGAGCUUCUGGGGAUCUCAGCAUCGUCGUCAUCAUCAUCUUCUGCUUCUUCAUGUUCCACUUUUAUGGCUUUGCCCACUGCUCACGACCCAUCAGUUUACGCCGCGGCGGUAUCUGGGUUUGGUCUGAACUACCCACCAAUGCAAGAGUUCAUAAGGCCAGCUCUGGGUUUCUCCCUUGAUCCUCAUGACCCUCUGAAUCGGGAAGACGGUCCCAAUGCGACAACCACAAGUGGGAGGCUUUUGUUCCCAUUCGAGAAUCUGAAAUUACCUGUUUCAUCAUCAAGUACCAACAGUGGCGGUGGCGGUGGAGAUAAUGGAAUCGAUAACAGCAAUCACCAUCAAGGAAGUACUGAUGAACAUGACAGGGAAGAACAGGCGGACCAAUCCGGCGGGUUUUGGAAUGGCAUGUUGGGUGGUGGUGGUCUUGGUGGAUCAUGGUGAUUAUGGGAUCAAACUAUUGAAAUUUUCAUCAAAAUUUAAAAAAAAAUGAUGAGAGAGGUUAACUACCAACCGGUGGGGGUAUUAUUUACUCUUUGAUUAUGUUUCUCUUUUAUAUAUAUAUUUUUUUUCGGGUUCUGUCACUAAAAGAAUUUAUUAUAACUUUGUUGGGUUGGGGAUUGUAUGACUUUGUAUUUAGGCUCUUAAUCUCUUUAGUUCAUUACUGAUUCAUCUGUAACAACUCUCUCUCUAUAUAUAUAUAUACACACAUAUACAUAUACAUAUA